AUGGGCGUCCACAGCCUCCAGCCCCUGCCAUUUGCCCAGUGGACCAGUGGAGGAGGAGGACCAGCGGUGACAGCACUUGCAGGGCAAAGAGGAACUUCUUCUCCAGCUGCAACAUGCAUGAGCCUCCAGCCGUGUUCAGACCGGCGAUCCAGCUCAGCCAGUGAUCCUCAGCUGCGUCGCACAUGCGCUUUCAUUUCUGGGGCUGCCCCUGCCUUGGCUUCCAUCCAGCACAGCCCUCCUUGUCCACACAGUGAGUUUAAAGGUGCCCAGGCCUCCAAAGAGAACUCAUCUCCAGACGUCAAUGACUGCAAUGUAUGUGCAGAUGAAAACUAUCCAAACAAGAACCAGGAUUUCUGUAUUCCCAAGACUUAUUAUCAGCUGGGAGACCUCAUCAUUGGUGGCAUUGCUUCUCUGGCCGGCAUCCUUUCCAGUCCAGUAACUUUCACUGAACAGCCUCCUCCAGCUCAGCGUGAAGAACUUAUUCUAAUUCCUAAAAAUUACCAGAACAUCAUGGCAUUGGCAUUUGCUAUAAAAGAGAUCAAUGAAAACACUCAGAUUUUACCAAAUGUCACCUUGGGCUUCCAUAUCUAUGACAGCUAUGAUAACGCAAGGAGGACCUAUCAUGCAACAAUGUUACCUAUAUCAGCACUGGAGAUAUUGAUCCCCAACUACAUAUGUGACAUCCAGAAUAAUCUAAUAGCAGUCAUUGGGGGACUGGAUACUCAAAUCUCGCUCCAUGUGGCAAUUAUCUUGGAUAUCUAUAAGAUUCCACAGCUCACAUAUGGCACUGCCCCAGUGAUGCAUGAUAAAACUCCAGGCCUUCCCUUCUACCAGAUGGUCCCUCAAGAAUCCCUUCAGUAUGCAGGGAUUCUCUCUUUACUUCUUCACUUAAAGUGGACAUGGAUUGGGAUUAUUGUAAUGGAUAAUGACAAUGGAGAAAGAUUUGUGCAAAUUGUAGUUCCACUGUUUUCACAGAGUGGUGUCUGUUUUGCCUUCAUAGAAAGAAUCCACAAAUUAAGUGUUGCUCAUAAAUUAAAAGAUAUGCUACAGCAGGGAGGAAACAUGUAUGAAGUAAUCAUGGGUAGUCAAGCUAAUGCAUCAGUGCUGUAUGGAGAAUCUUUUUCCAUGGUGUUUUUGAGAUGGUUGCCAUAUUUGGAACAUAUUCUAGACAUGACAAAUAAACCAAAAGGUAUGGUGUGGAUAAUGACAGCACAGAUGGAGCUCACUUCAUCAGUCUUUCAAAGGGAUUGGGAUACAGAAAUAAUCCACGGAGCACUGUCCUUCAGAAUUCACUCCAACGAUCCACCAGAAUUCAAGUCAUUUGUCGAGAGCAUAAAUCCUUUCAGCACAAAGGAAGAUGGUUUUAUCAGGGACUUUUGGCAACAAGCUUUUGGUUGUGUGUUCCCAAAUGCAGUAACUGAUGACAUGGAGGAAGAGACUAUGUGCACAGGAGAAGAGAAGCUGGAGAGCCUUCCUGGAUCGUUAUUUGAAAUCAGGAUGACUGGCCACAGCUACAGCAUCUACAAUGCUGUCUAUGCUUUGGCCCAUGCUUUACAUGCUAUGUCCCCACUGAGAUUCAAGCAUAGAUCAAUGACAGAUAAAUUAGGACUGAAGUUUCAUUCUUGGCAGCUCCAUCACUUUCUGAGAGGUGUCUCUUUUAACAACAGUGCUGGAGACAAGGUUUCUUUUAACCAAAAUGCAGAGUUAGUAGCUGGAUUUGAUGUGAUCAACUGGAUUGUUUUCUCCAACCAAUCAUUUCAUCAUGUGAAAGUUGGGACUGUGGAUUACCAGGCACUUCCAGACCAAGCAUUAACCAUCAACGAAGAGGCCAUAACAUGGAACAGCUGGUUUAACCAGACAAAGCCUAUUUCGGUAUGCAGUAAGAGUUGUUAUCCUGGUUUUAUUAAGAAAGUGAAGGAGGGGGUUCCAUUUUGCUGCUAUGAUUGCAUCCAAUGUCCAGAAGGGAAGAUUUCAACUGUUAAGGAUGGGAACGAGUGCUAUAAAUGUCAGGAUGACAACUAUCCAAACCAAAAACAGGAUUCCUGUAUUCCCAAGAUUGUAACCUUCUUGUCUUAUGAAGAACCUUUAGGGCUCAGUAUAGCCUUUUUUGCUCUUUCCUUUUCUUUUAUCACAGUUCUGAUGCUGGGGACAUUUAUGAAACACCAUGACACUCCCAUAGUCAUAGCCAACAACCGAGACCUCACUUACAGUCUGUUAAUCUCCCUCCUGCUCUGCUUCCUUUGUGCAUUCUUAUUCAUUGGCCAACCAAAGAAGAUGACAUGUCUCCUCCGGCAAACAGCCUUUGGCAUUAUCUUCUCAAUGGCUGUUUCUUUUGUGUUGGCAAAAACUGUCACAGUAGUUCUUGCUUUCAUGGCCACUAGGCCAGGAUCCAGGAUGAGGAAAUGGGUGGGGAAAAGAUUGGGAACUUUUAUUGUUUUUUCCUGUUCCCUUAUACAAGCAGGCAUCUGUACAGUGUGGCUGGCAACCUCUCCCCCAUUUCCAGAUGUUGACAUGCACUCAGUGACUGAAGAACUUAUACUGGAAUGCAAUGAGGGUUCUGUAAUGAUGUUUUACCUUGCAUUGGGCUACAUGGGCUUCCUGUCAACUGUGUGUUUCACUGUGGCUUUUCUUGGCAGGAAUCUACCUGACAGUUUCAAUGAAGCAAAGUUCAUCACUUUCAGCAUGUUGGUCUUUUGCAGUGUUUGGUUAUCUUUUGUUCCCACUUAUUUGAGCACCAAAGGAAAGUAUAUGGUAGCUGUAGAGAUCUUCUCUAUCUUAGCCUCCAGUGCUGGAUUAUUGGGUUGCAUCUUUUUCCCCAAAUGUUACAUUAUUGUGUUGAGGCCUGAGCUGAACAACAAGGAACAGCUAAUAAGAAGAAAAUACUGA